AUUUGUUCUUCCAGACACGGCCUGUUUGAUCGAUGCAGAGAGCUAGUAGAGGCUGGGUACGACGUCCGGCAACCAGACAGUGAAAAUGUGACACUCCUUCACUGGGCGUCCAUUAAUAACAGGCUGGAGCUCGUCAAGUAUUUUAUCUCCAAGGGAGCUGUUGUGGAUCAGCUGGGAGGCACUUUGAAUUCAACUCCUCUGCACUGGGCUGUCAGACAGGGGCACCUACAGGCCGCCAUUUUAUUGAUAAAGUACGGAGCUGAUCCGAGUCUGAUUGAUGGCGAAGGCUAUAAUGCCAUUCACCUGGCAGUCCUUUUCCAACAUCUACCCAUCAUUGCUUACCUGAUUGCAAAGGGGCUGAACAUUGAUUCUGCUGAUAUGAACGGGAUGACUCCACUCAUGUUGGCUGCACAGAAAAUUAUUGGAAUGGAGCCCACCAGUUUUCUGUUAAAGAUGAAUCCAUCCGUCAAUCUAGUAGACAAAGUCCAUCGGAAUACGGCGCUUCACUGGGCCGUCUCAUCCGGCAAUGCAAACGCUGCGGAUCUUCUCUUGGAAGCUGGGGCGAGCAUGGACGUUGUAAAUGCCAAGGGAGAAACUCCCCUUGACCUCGCUCAGCAAACCAGGAAUCGCCUCAUUAUCCAUAUUCUGACAAGCGAGGCCAGUGUCAGGGCCAGCAAGAACUCCAGAAUGCUAAAGGUUCUGCAGAAGUGUAGAUGUUUUUUGGUGGUGUUGGUCUGUCUGUCUCUUCUGGGAGGUGUCGGAUACAUCCUGAACCUGAAUACUGACUCCUGGCUUUUAAAAGGAUCACUUCUCGCUCUUGUGACAAUCGGAUCUCAAUUCUUUACCAGGCGGGUUGUUGGUCAGAACAGUCAGAAGCACCUGCCGCCGAUAUUCUUCUUCUGCUCCAUUUUUUGGAUGUUCAUGACAUGGUUUAUCUGUUUUCUGCCUGAUCUGGCACAAGCAACUGUCCAGAUCCCCUUUGUGAUCAGUUUGUUUCUCCUCUUGUAUUAUUUCUACAAGACUUGGAGAUCGGACCCUGGGUACAUCAGAUCCUCGGAGGAGGAAAGGAAGCAGACAAUCAUUACCUUGGCUGAAGCUGGCUGUCUGGAUGUGAGACUCUUCUGCACCUCUGUCUGGGAAAAGAAACCGCUGAGGUCAAUGCACUGUCAUGCCUGCAAUUCCUGCGUGGCCAGGUUUGACCAGCACUGUAUAUGGACCGGACACUGUAUAGGUGCUGGAAAUCAUCAUUACUUUGUCCUUUUCCUAUGUGCCAUGGUAUUUGUGGGCCACUGGAUGAUCUACGCUUCCUCCAUAUUUUGGGUCAGUCAGUGCUCCACCAGUAUACGGAAGGACGGAGUCUGGGUAUUCUUGAUGGAGAUCGUGACCUGCUCCCCCUGGGUCCUUUAUAUCUUCUUCCUUGUCUGCUCCCUCACUAUGUGGGCAACGCUUAUGUUCAUCUUACAGAUCUAUCAGAUUGCAUUUCUUGGUCUGACAACUCAAGAAAGAUUCAAUUUCCAAAUGCAGAAUAGACUCACCAAACACAAAAUGUCAAUGCGGAGAACUCCUUUCAACCAUGGCUGUAUCCAGAACCUCGCAGACUUCUUCCAAUGUCAGUGCUUUGGACUGAUAAAAGUGACCCCCGUGGACUGGACCAAGCAAUUUCACGGCAUAUUCCACCCGUCCAAGAUGAGGACCCCUCAGCCUGUUUAG